AUGGGGGUGUAUAAACUUCCUUGUUCUGUGAUUCAAAAGAUUCAUGCUGCUAUGGCUCGUUUCUGGUGGGGAAGCUCGGCUUCAAGCCGGAAAAUUCAUUGGAAGAGCUGGGAGUCUCUUUGUACGCUGAAGUGCUUUGGGGGACUUGGGUUUAGAGAUCUUGCAGUUUUCAAUGAUGCAUUGUUGGGGCGUCAAGCUUGGCGUCUUACUCGGGAGCCUGAUUCUCUAUUUGCACGUGUUAAGAAGGCAAAAUAUUAUCCGCAUUGUGACUUUCUUCAAGCAGCCCUUGGGGUUUCAUGUAGCUACUCUUGGAAAAGUAUCUGGAGUUCGGCACUUCCUCUGGCAUUUGUGCACUCUUACUCUGCCCACUCGCUCUCUGCUGCAUUACAGACAUUUGAUUGA